AAGAAAUGUGCAACAGAUGUAAGGGUGUAAACAUAAUCUGAAAAGUCAGAGCAACUCAGCACUGCCAGUGGAGCAACAUCCAUCCACCAAGAUGGAUAAGAUAUUCAAUCUUCUCGCGGAGCACAGACUGGAGUCCUACUACAAUCAAUUCCUCACUUUGGGUGUCCAAGAUGAGAGAGAUUUCAUUGAUGGCGUAAAUGGUGAAGAUUUAGACAAAAUGAAUUUCAGUCAAGUAGAAAAGAAUCGCUUUGAAAAAAUGAAAGAUUUCAUCCAACGACUCAGAGGGCCACAACAAGCGAUGCCUGUACAGAAAUCAAUGGAGUCUUUCCAUCUGCGGUACACAUACCCUCACUGUCCUGAGCCAAAAGACAUCAGAGACAUGGAUCCUGCCCAAAACACAGUUGAAGAUCUGAUGCUAAGGAUUUGUCACCAAGAGGCCAUUGGGAAUUCCAAAGCCGUGUGCCUCUACACCAUUGAGGGAAUGCCUUUAACUGAUGAUCCUUUCUUCAACACAUGGUCUUUGAAAGACAGGCACAUUGAAAAUGGAAGUGAGCUUUAUGCCAUAUUUACACCCAAGGAGAACUUGAAACAAGCUCCCCAAAUGCCACAACGAGAGAUGACUGACAUCUCAGGAGAGGAGAAUGUUCGAUGCCACAUUAUGCUCAAGGGAGACUAUGAGGUCAAGGUGGACUUAGCAAGUGACACAAUUAGAGUCUUGAGACGAAAGCUCUCUAAUGAAAGUGGAAUCCCAGAACAUGUCCUCCUUUAUAAAGGUGAACACGGUGAAACUUUGCAAGAUUGUGGAAUCAAUGAGGAGACAACUGUUCACUUUUCUUUGUCCUCCUUCCCCGAUGAAAAGCCAGACAACAUGGAAUUCUACUUCAAUGAUGUUGUACCCUCAGUGCAACAAACCCAGAAAGGACUCAGUGCUUUCUUUUCUUCACUAUAUACCAUUAGUGUUAAACAUUCUGGAGAGGGAUUCAAGAAAGUGAAUGCAUACAUUCGAAAGCUCAGUGGAUGUAAUCCCCUGGCGCAAAGUUUGUAUCAGCUGUUGGGCAGAAAUGAAAGUGGAAGUAGGACCCAGAAGAUUGCCAUUGUUGAAGGAUUGUACACUCUCUUCAGAGAGCUGUUGCCAAGCCGCAAUAAAAAAAGAGGUGACAAGAUCAUUGAAGACCCUGAUGUUUUUGAGAAUGCACCAGUUUGCUGGGCCUACCUGAUAUCUAAAGCAGAGAAAGAGAGUUCACAACAUGAAGUCUUUGCACCGAUAAAUUUGACCUCUCAACCAGGAGUGCGCUUUUGCGACCCAGUUCAAGUACCUGGAUUACCAGAUGUCUUUGAAAGAGAGUAUGUCCUACAGAAAAUUAAAGUUUCCCGAGGGUUCGGGAACGCUCCGGGGAUAGUUUCAUGA